AGCGUGUUGAAUGAACAUAAUUUAAAUAUUUUUGAAUUGUGUAAUAUUGAUUUUAUAAUCCUUUGAUUAAUAACCUGAUUAUCGAAUGAUCGAAAGGUAAAUAAGGAUAAUGGAUCAAUUAAUUAUACAAAUAGGGAUUCAAACAUGAAAAGCAUCAAUUAGGUGUGUAAAUUUGACACGUAAUCAUAAACUGGAACAUUAAAUUCAAGGUUUUAUAAAUUGGAUUUGAUUUGGAGAGAGAAAUUCUUUAAAUACUCAUAAUAAUAAUAAGGUUAGUUAAUUGCAUGAUAAUUAAUUGAUAGAUAAUUCUGAUUGAAUAUGUACGGAUGUUAAGGAGC